UGGUUAUCUUCAUGCCAUCGAGUAGAGUCAGUGGGAACUGGCGCAUGCAUGCUGGCCGCGGAGUCGGACAGACAUCAUCAGGCUGGCGGCUCGAGCAUGCGGCGGCAUGCUGACCUGCUCUCUGCAUGAGCAGAGGGAUGGUUCAGGCUCAAGCUUCUUCCGCUUCUGUGGAUGAGUUUCAGCAACUGACCAUUCUCCUCCACCACCAUGUCUUUCGUGCUCCCGCGUCUCGCGCGCGUAGCCGCAACCUCGCUGCGACGACCACUCGCGCACGCCACCCUCCACCCCGCCCCCCUCGCAGGCUGCAGUCACUGGCGCGGCAUGAGCCGGAAGGCGGAGCGUGUGUCGCGCGCGGAGGACGACGCGGCGGUUGAGAUCGGGCAGGACGCGCUCGAGGCCGACUUCUUCGCGGCCGAGGAGGUGGAGGCUGAGUGGGGCGAAGAGGUUGAGGACGGCGUGUUCGUCGAUGUGCCCGACUUCACGCACGCCCGGCAUGCGAAGGCUGCGGAGGCCGCUGAGAGUGCCGAGCCGAAGCCGCCGCCACCACCACGUCGUGUGCCGACUAGCAUCAAGCAGAUGAACCGCUUGCUCGGGCGGCAUCAGGUGCCGGAUUUGCCAGAGCAUGAGCUGGAUGAGAAGUUUGUGCGGGGCCGAGGACCCGGUGGACAGGCUAUCAACAAGACCAACUCUUCCGUCUGCCUUGUCCAUAUUCCCACCGGUAUUCGCGUGCAGGCGCAGCCGACGCGAUCCCGCGAGCAGAACCGUUAUGUCGCGCGCCAGAUUCUCAAGGACCGCCUAGACCUCAUGCGGGCGCGCGGCGAGCUGCCCAAUGCCGAUGGCAGCUAUUCGACGCCCAAGGCUGAGGCCGAAGGAUUGAGCAGGAAGGAGAGGCUGGCAGCCGAGGCGCGCACGUGGAGCAAGCAGGAGCUGCGGUGGGAGAAGGAGAGGAGGCGUAAGUUAAACCGCAAGAAGAAGGUCAACAAGCGCAAGAAGAAGGGGGCAGAAGACGAAGAGGAUGAGGUUGCUGAGUAAUGCAUGAGAAGAUGGUAUGGUUACAGUGGAUAACGACUAGCGCGAGUUGUUAUUUGGGACGGACUUGCGUGAGGUCGAUGUGCUCGAAGCCAUCGUCGUCCUCGUAGAGGACAAAGUAGGGGGCCUUGGGAGCCCGGGAUUCCGGAAUGACAGCGGCUUUAUUUACAGGCUGGCUCUUGCGCGCCCGCGCGACAAUCAUCGAGUCAAGAAGACCCUGG